AUGCUCCUGGAUUCACUCAAAAAGUCUGACAUGUUACUUCUUGAAAAUCAGCUUCCAUUCUUCAUUUUGGUGGAGCUUUUUCUCAAGGCCAGAAUAAUCAUUCCUCCUGAACGUGACGAGAGACUUUCUUUCAUUAGGCUUACCCAUCAUUUCUUCAAAUCGAAGGCGUAUUUGGAGGGGAUAGAUGAGCUUAUGGGAAAAAUAUGCUCAUCUGAAAUAGAACAUUUUGUUCAUUUCAUAAGAAUUUGUCAUCUACCACAGACCCUACCACCCAAAGGGAAACUAAGAACUGUAAGCAUACCCAGUGCAACACUGCUACAUCAGACUGGGGUCAAAGUUCAGGUCAGAUCGACUAAAAACCUCUAUGACAUCAGAUUCGAAAAUGGGGCACUGGAGAUUCCACGUUUCCGAAUUCGUGGUUCAACAGAGUCCGUUUUUCGAAACCUCGUUGCCUUUGAGCAAUGUCGCUUCCAUGCUAAUUACAUCAGUGACUAUCUAUUUGUCAUGGAUUGCCUCAUUGACACUCCAAAAGAUGUGGAAUUACUUGUUGACAAUGGAAUCCUAGAAAUGGCGAAAGUUAAGCUACCCGAUAACCAAGGGGUAGUAACUUUAAUUAACAAUCCUGUCCCAGUAACAGACGUUUCUGGUAAAGAUUUCUAUUUUGAUGGUGUUUGUGAUGCUCUGAUUGCUCACUGCAAUAUCCCAUGGCACAAGUGGAAGGCAACCUUGAAACAAGACUACUUCAGUACUCCAUGGGCUGUCCUUUCUUUUAUCGCAGCCUGUCUACUUCUCAUUCUCACUUUAAUUCAAACUGUUUGUUCUCUCAUUUCUCUGUAGGUCCUCUCUCUAUGAUCAUUGCUGCUGUUCUCUUUCUCACUUCCAUUAUUCAAGCUAGCAGUAUGCUCUGUCCUUUAUCUGUUGUUCCUCUCAAUCUUAAACAAUUUCUUUACAAAUC